AUACUUAUUUUGUUCAUAUAUGCAGUCUUUUACAGAGUUUUUUAAACAUACAUAUAUAAUUACAGGAAGGUAGGAUGUUGGAGACAAAUAGAAAAUGUAUGGGGGGGUCCAUCUUUUAAGAGACACUAUUUGACUGUCCCUUGAGUGCAGGUCUCUUAAUACAUGUUUGACUGUAACUUGAAAUUGAGCUUGAAAAUGAUCUUCCUCUCUCUCCCCCACCUCUCUCUCUCUCCCUCUCAUCAGGUCCUGUGGCUCUACUCCAACAACAUCAGCUCCAUCAAACCCGAUUCCUUCAGCGACAUGCGAGAUCUGGAGGAGCUGGACCUGGGGGAUAACCCCUCCCUGCGCACCCUCCAUCCUGACUCCUUCCGGGGGCUGGACAAGCUGCAGAGCCUGCACAUAUACCGCUGCCAGCUGGGGACCCUGCCCGGAAACAUCUUCAAAAAACUCUACAGCCUGCAGUUCCUUUACCUGCAGGACAACCUGCUGCAACACAUCCAGGACAAUCUCUUCUCAGACCUGGUGAAUCUCACUCACCUCUUCCUCCACGGCAACCAAAUCCGAGUCCUGUCUGAAAAUGUCUUCAGAGGUCUGGUCAACCUGGACAGGCUCCUCCUCCACGAGAACCGAGUGCGACAGGUCAACCGCAAAGCCUUCAGGGACCUGGGUCACCUCACCACCCUCUUCCUCUUCAACAACGCCCUAACAGACCUCCCUGCUUCGGCCCUCUCCGAUCUCUCAUCCCUGCAGUUCCUCAGACUCAACGGAAACCCCUGGAGCUGCUCCUGCCAGGCCCGCCCUCUCUGGGAAUGGUUCCGUCAGGUCCGGAUCUCCAGCUCCGAGCUCCUCUGCGCCGGUCCCGAGGAGAGGAAAGGUCUAGAUUUGAGGUUCUUGAGAGAAAUCGAUUUCGCUCCCUGCCCCAUGAUGCCUUACUAUCCGAGAGCCCGCGUCACUUACACCUUCAGCACCAGAACGAGAUGGUGGUUCCCCAAAUCGGGCAAGGCAAGCGGGGGGAAUUCGGACAAAUCUAAAGGCUUGGAUGGAAAGAAAGGACAACAGCAAGACAACAGUUACAUCAGUCCAGAUAAAAGUCAAACCAAAAGUUACGAAGCUGAGUCCACAUUGACGAAAGUUAAAGAGCAAGACUACUGGGAGAAAUAUGAAAACGAAGACUCCACUAUUCGUUGUUACAAGUUGGAUUGUUUGAAAGAAGCAAACGGGAAGUCCAGAGGCGUUUGUCCAGAAGCGUCCCUCUUUCUCCUCUCUCUCUCCCUCACUCUCACCCUCUCCCUCUCUCUCACCCUUCACUUUCUUUUUCCUGAAACCAUGUGAAGAGCAUUUGUGAAUUUCCCCUUAAAGUCUAUAUUGAAAAGAUAUUACGAUUCAAUUACUGCUCUGCAGUGUUGAGUUUCCUAUAGACCAGCUCUGC